AUGAGCAAUCCUUUUAUUCCAAAGGAUACUGAACUACAUGCAUUAACAAGAGCAGAGGAAGAGGGUUGUUACAAGGAUAUGAAAGCAAAAGCUCUACAAGCAUGUCAAUUACCUAUUAAAGAUUUUGUUACAUGUAGUAAAGAGCACAAUAUCACAGUGAUGUGGACCUGUAGAGAUAAACUUAAAGCUAUGAAUAAGUGUUUAAAUGAAAGAACAUCACAAGAAGAAUUAGACAAGCUUAUGUUGGCAAAGUUAACGAAAAAAAGAAAUGAAAUGAGGCAAUAA